AAUGAUCAAAAGUAUAUUCGAAUAUAUUCAUGUUUAGUGGAUAGAGCAUUUACUAUAAUGCCUGACGAAACUGAUGAAGCCUGGCGAAACUUGAUGGUUUCGUCGGGAUCAUCAGUUUCGUCAGAAGAAGAUUCAUUUGUUGUAAAAACAGUUGCUCAAUCUUAUAACAAUAUAAAUUUUGGUGCAAUAGAUCAGAGCUUUAAUUCUAUUAGUAAUCAUUUUAGCUCUCAACCAAGACCAAUGCAUCCUACAUCUGAUAUAAGACAUACUUCUUUAAGUGUAGUAAUGUCUCCUACAGAAACUUCUUCACCUAUUCAAGCUAAUAAUACAAUAUAUAUUGGACAAUCACAAAUGCAAGAUCAACAUUCGAAUGUUAUAUUACCAUCUACAUCUACUCAACCACAACAAGUUUCGUAUUUUGGAAAAGUUCCUGUACAAGAUCAACGUACAAAUUCUAUACCAUCUUUACAUCAAUCAAUAUAUCAAAAUAAUCAAAGUACUAAUAUGGUAGUUGACGAUUAUAAGUUUAAGGCCAAAGCUUUAUAUGAUUAUCAUGGAAGUCCUGAAGAUAAUAGUGAACUUUCAUUUAACAAAGAUGAAUAUCUUGACAUUGCUAGCAAAGAAGGUAAAUGGUGGCGUGCAAGAAAAUCCGAUGGUACAACUGGAAUUGCUCCAAGUAAUUAUAAACUAACUAACUGUGACUUAUCACGUAAAAAAGCUAGAAGAGGUGGUUCUGUCUUUGAUGAAGUAUGGGACCACGUAAGCAAGGGUGAAAAAGUAAAUCCAGGACACUAUAAAGCAAAAUGUUUUCAUUGUGGCAAGUGCUGGCAGAGGGGUAACCCUUAUAUUCUAAGGUCCCAUCUUGCGCUUCAUUGUCAGGAUGUUCCUGAAGAUAUCCGAUGA